AUUCUAUAAAAAAUUGCAAUUUUAUUUAAAUUCUCUAAUAAAUUGAAUAAAAACAUACUAACAUGGUUCUAGACUUAGAUCUGUUUCGCGCCGACAAAGAUGGUGACCCGGACAAAAUUCGCGAAAACCAGCGCAAGAGGUUCAAAGACGUAGGUCUCGUGGACACAGUUGUGGAGCAGGACACACUCUGGAGACGGCUUCGCCACGACGCCGACAACUUGAACAAACUGAAGAAUGUGUGCAGCAAGGAAAUCGGCGCGAAGAUGAAGGCCAAGGAGCCGGCCGGCGCGGAGGACGAGCCUGUUCCUCAGGACGUGGCCGAUAACCUUAUUAACCUCACUGGUGACCAACUCCGACCUCUCACUGUUAAUCAGAUCAAGAAGGUCAGAUUACUAAUUGAUGAUGCUAUUGUAAAAAAUGAGCAAGAAAGGAUUGCUGCUGAGAAGACCCGUUCCGCUGCUCUCAGAGAAGUAGGCAAUCAUCUCCACGAGUCAGUACCAGUUGACGAUGAUGAAGACCACAAUGCAGUGGAAAGGACUUUUGGUGACUGUACAAUGAAGAAAAAGUAUUCCCAUGUAGAUCUCAUUUGUAUGAUAGAUGGUGUGGAUUCUGAGAGAGGUUGUGCAGUUGCUGGUGGCAGAAGCUACUUCCUGAAGGGUCCUGCGGUGUUCCUAGAACAUGCCCUAAUUCAGUUAUCUCUGAGAAGACUCCUGGAACGAGGGUAUACUCCACUCUACACACCAUUCUUUAUGAAGAAAGAGGUGAUGCAAGAAGUUGCUCAACUCGCCCAGUUUGACGAGGAGCUGUACAAGGUGGUCGGCAAGAGCUCAGAGAACAAAGGAGAUGCCGGAGUCGAGGAGAAGUACCUGAUAGCCACCUCCGAGCAGCCCAUAGCCGCCUUCCACAGAGACGAGUGGAUACCGGAAGCUUCGUUACCCAUCAAAUACGCCGGCAUCUCGACCUGUUUCCGACAAGAGGUAGGCUCUCAUGGGCGCGACACUCGCGGCAUCUUCCGAGUACACCAGUUUGAAAAGGUCGAACAGUUCGUAUUGACCUCUCCCCGCGACAACGCCUCCUGGAAAAUGAUGGACGAGAUGAUUGACAACGCUGAGAAGUUCUGCCAAGACCUCGGCCUCCCCUACCGCGUGGUCAACAUCGUGUCAGGGGCGCUCAACCAUGCGGCCGCCAAGAAGUUCGACCUUGAAGCAUGGUUCCCUGGCUCGGGCGCGUUCAGGGAGCUCGUCAGCUGCAGCAACUGCUUGGAGUAUCAGGCCAGACGGUUAUUGGUCAGGUACGGACAGACGAAGAAAAUGAAUGCGGCGACGGAAUACGUGCACAUGCUGAACGCGACCAUGUGCGCCACCACGCGCGUCAUCUGCGCGCUGCUCGAGACGCACCAGACCGAUGACGGCAUUGUGGUACCAGAAGCGCUUAAGCCGUAUCUACCUGAACAAUAUAAGGAUUUGAUUCCGUUCGUCAAACCAGCGCCCAUAGACGUCGAGGCAGCCGCCGCCGCAGCCAAGAAAGGAAAGAAACAAGAAAAGAAAUAAUCUCAUCCUCAUUCUCAAGACA